ACGACACUCAAUCUCAGUCAGAUGUAGGGGAGCAAGGCAGACCACGGCAAAUAAACUGUAAGGAACAGGGUUAAAUAGACCCUGGUCUGCCACCUGGUAAGGAGGCCUUGCUGGGUGGGUGGAAAUAUGAUGAGCGGGAAGAGCCUUCUGCUUAAGGUGAUCCUGCUGGGGGAUGGUGGUGUUGGAAAGUCCUCCCUUAUGAACCGGUACGUCACAGACCGCUUUGACUCGCAGUCUUUCCAUACCAUUGGUGUGGAGUUCCUGAACCGGGAUCUGGAGGUAGACGGGCGCCUGGUCACUCUUCAGAUCUGGGACACAGCCGGUCAGGAGCGCUUCAAGUCCCUACGUACGCCCUUCUACCGAGGCGCUGACUGCUGCCUACUCACAUUUGCUGUGAACGACCUGCAGAGCUUCCAAAACCUGGGCUGCUGGAAGAAGGAGUUCAUGUUUUACUCGGAUGUUAAAGACCCUGAGCGGUUCCCUUUUGUGGUACUUGGCAAUAAAGUCGACAUGGAGCAGAGGGAGGUGGGGUCGGAUGAGGCACGGGCGUGGUGUGAAGAGAACGGAUGCUACCCUUACUUUGAGACCAGUGCUAAGGAUGACACUAAUGUCACAGCUGCAUUUGAGGCAGCUGUACGGGAGGUUCUGGCUGCUGAGGACAAUAUUGACCAUGCACUUCUGAGCAGUACUAUUGAUCUUCACGGCAACCGCAAAACUACUCGUACAUCUUGCUGCUGAUUUGUCAGGUGUAACUCUGCCUUCUCUUAAUCUCUCUGGCGUAAUCUUGCACAUGGCAGUUUUCAGGGCCAGUCAGAUAUUAUUUAUGGUACACAUUCUGUAGGUACAAGGUAAAGAUAAUGUGGAUGAAGAUACGGCUGCUCCAAGGAGGGCUGUGUCAAGGAUACAGCUGAUAUCUACUUUGUUGAAUAAUCGCUCUUACCACGGUACAGGCACACUGUAACAGGCACACUCAUCCUUUGUACUCCAUCUGCUUUCAGUAGUGUUGCACAAAACCUUUUUUACACAGCUUCAGCUUUGUCUGCUUUUGCAGGAGUUCUAUCAAAUCAUAUUUUAGAGCAUUUAUGUGAUUGAAAUGUAUUAAAUUUUAUAGAACACACCUUAACAAAUAGCACACUUUACAUUCUGGCACAGCAGAUUACACUCGGUUUCCUUAACUGUCUGAAUGAAGAGAUUUUUCCAGGUUUUAAAGCCACUUUGUGUACAGUAUCACAUUUUCAAGUUAUCUGAUAUAUGACCAGAAGUGGAGAGUUAAUGUAUUUUCUGGUCCCAGAGGGUGUCUGUGAGUGACAGCGUUACCAAUCCUGGCAGAUUGGAGGCUUUAGGAACUCCUGGCAUCAGUAAGAUGACCAGUAUGCUUACGGUACGAACUAGUCAUAUGAUUUAAAGGGAGAGGGCAUUGUUUGUUUGGGAUAGAAAAGGGAAAAAGCUCUAAUUUUGCUGCUCUGACUAUAUGCAUUGGUACAAACUAUUGGGAUGACUGUAGUUUAUUAUUCUCACUGCAGUGUGGCAGAAGAUGUCAGGUGUGCAAUUUAGGCAUUAUAGGAUCAAUUUAAUUUCAAAUAAUUUGUCUGUUGCUCUGUUUUCUAAGGAGUUUUUCUAAAGUAAAAAAAUACUGAUUUUGAAAUUCUUGUUGAAAAGGUGAUUUUCAUUUUUAUGUGAAGCACACAUUUUAUCAUUCAUCUUGCUUUAUUUUCUCUGACAGAGUGUAACAUUGAUUGUUAGAACAAGGGCUGAUUUAAGUCUGUUUUCCAUUUUAAGAAGGGUUUUUAAUGCUUUGAAUUAACAGUAAUUUUCUUAAUUGUCAUGCAUGUCCUGUCAUCAUGUCUGCCUUGUUGAUUGUGUAGCAGGCCUUAACAUUCCAGCCCUUUUACUUUUCUUACAUGCGUCUUGUGCUGUCAGUCUGCUCACUCUUGGUCUCAGCUGAAUAUGAAAUAGUCUGAGUACAAAGAUUAGGCUGCUAGGACUACUAAUGCGUGCAUCACCUCUCCUCUCUGCUUACACAGUAUUGAACAAAACAUACAACUGAGUAUUCUUAAAACGUAACAAUGUUUGCUUGUUUCAGCAUGAUGGUACUUUUCUUGUUUCAGUGUUUUUUUUCAUUUAACAUCACAAUAUAUUACUGUUAUCAGCCAGGGGGAAUUGUUGUUUGCCAGAGUGGUUUGAGAACAAUUCCUGAAAUUCAAUGAUUCAAACUGAGGCAAAAAUAUUAAAAAAACAUUCAUGUUGGUUAUUGGCUAGCUGCUGGACUUGUAUUUGUGAUAGUAUUUAUUCAAACAUCAAUGCCUGUUUCAAAAAUAAGUUCAUUCAAAUUCUGAAUGCACAAUUUUGCUAACUGUGGGCUGUGUUCUCACACCCUUAAUAUGGUGGAGUUAGUUUUUUCUCUUAGCUAGAGCUCAUAUUAUUUUUGAGGGGUCUUGCUGCAGACAGUACAUCUCAGACAACCACUCCCACAGACCGUUCACCUGAGGCAUCAUAUAUUAGAAAGGAAGUGCUGUUAUUUGACGGUACGAUGUAUUUCCAGUUGUUAGAUUGUUUUUUAAAUUCAACUUUAUUCAUUAACAAAUCCUGGCAGUUAAACUCAUGAAAUAACCAUAUUGCAAAGAUUACAGAUUAAUUUAAUAUGGGAUUUAGUAUGGGGUGGCAUGCUUUAUCUUAGCAGGCUCUAGCUUUAGCUAAAGCCAACAUAGCUAUUUUAGCUACAUAAUUAACAUAACUACAUAAGUCAAUGUAGUUAGUCAAGUUAGCUUUAGCAGUGUAAGCUUUAGCAACUGUAGCUAAAGCUUACGUAGAUAACGUACCUGAAUACCUUACAUAGCUGCUUUGUGAGCUUAGCUUUAGCUAGCUAGCUACAUCGUGUUCGACCAAAUUAGCUUAAGCAACAUGAGCGUUAGCAAAUAUAGCUAAAGCUAACUUAACUACAUGGCUAAAGUAGCUGCUCUGUGUGCUUAACUUUAGCUGCAUUAGCUAAAUAGCUUAGACAGCUAUGUAGCUACAUAGCGUAUGCAGUUUAAAGAGCUAAGUAAGCUACUCUUGCUGCAUUAUGCUGUCAUGGAGAAUGAGCUUUUUUCCUGUAAGUAGGCUGUUUACUCGGCUUUUAUAAAUAUUUUGAAAUCCAGUUUUUGCAGAGCAGUUAUUAACUUAACCUUUGGUAAUCUGACUUUUUUUUUUUUUAAGUUUAAGCGUGUAUUUCCGUUCUGAGAUGUAUGGCGUCUCAGAUGAAUGGUCUGCAGCCAGACUUUUCUUGGGCUGCUUUUGGAGCUUAGCUUUAGCUAUGUAGGUAGGUUAGCUAUGUAUCUAUGUUAUCUUUAGCUAAAUUAGCUUAAGCAACAUGAGCUUUAACAAACAUAGCUUAAGCCAACUUUGCUUGUAGAUAACAAACAUAGCUUACAUAGUUGCUUUGUAAGGUUAGCUUUAGCUACCUUAUCUACAGAGCUUACGUUUCUACAGAGCUACAUAAGCCAUGCGUACUUCAUUAGAAUGUUUUCAUGGAGGAUGUACUUUUUCCUGUCAGCAGACUGUGUACUCUGCUUAAUGAAACGUUUUGUAAUUCAGUUUUUACACGUCAGGUUUUCAACUCCUAACACUUAGCUUAAACUGAAGUUUUAUCAGAUUUUAUUUCAUAAGAUUUAGCAUAUAUUUCUGAUCUUAAAUAUAUACAGUGUCUCAGGUGAACGGUCCAGAAGAGUGGCCAUCAGAGAUGUAAGGUCUGUAGCCAGUCUUGUACUUUGCCUUUAAAAUCUAAGUCACUAUUUACACAGACAAAUGGAAAGAUAACAGGAGCAUCACUGUGAAAGGUACUGAAAUCAGAUACAGUCAUAUUUACUUUUAACUUGAUUCUUUGGUUUAAUUUAGGCUUCCAUUAAAUAGGUCCGAUUACUGUCAAGGUUUACUCUGUGGUUUGAGUAAUGGAAUCCGUACAACUGUGAACAUGUGAAGCAUUUUUACGAAAUCAAGCAGGGGAUCAACAUUAAUUUAAUCUUAAAAUGAGGGCUGUUAGUUUGUCAGUGUUAAUCAUAUUCUUUUUUUCUUUUUUUUUUUUUUUGCACCAUUUCAGUUUUAUCUUGUUCAGAUAAUGUAGCUCACCAGACUGUUUACCUUGAACCUAACUUACCUGUGAUGAAUCUUAGGAUACUGGUAGCAUAACCUUGCAGUAUGUUGCUUACAUGAUGCAGUCUUAUGAUCACUGCAACCCAGUUUAUUGUCAGUAUUUUUUUUUUAAUGUUGCUGUAAUAUUUAUGAAUGUAAAAACAUUUCUUUGGGCUAUCCAUAAUAAUGGCUUCUGUACAUUGCAAAGGGCAUUGCUUUUAUAAUGAUGUUUCACUCUCAGUGCUCAAACUCAUGAGUGUGAUUAAAGCUGUGUGAAAGUUAGACUGUUCAUCCUGAUUAUACGUUGAUUUAAUGGACAAAUCCUCUUUUUUGCACUACGGAGGAUAAGACUGGGUGUGCCAACAUGCUGGCAAAGUGGUAAAUACUCUCCAGUGCUUGGCUACAAAUAAAACAUGCAACAAACCAAACAGCGACUCUCAUCUUGUCUGUGGUGCUCACACUUUGAGAACUCAUGAAAGUGUGUGGCUUUAUAUUGACUUUAAUUGUUGGCGUAGCAAUUGACAACUAAAGCUCUAAAACUAUUUUUAAAACUAAAAUAGGUCACUCAAACUCAUCAGCUCUCCAACUGUCUACAGUUAUUUUCACAAUCAGGAAAAGUUUUCAGUGUUUGCAUUGGAGAAAUGAAGCAUGACUAAUCCUGAGCAAGAUCCCAAAAAUGCAAAACUCUUGAAUUUCAUCACAUAAAAGACCUUCAGCGUCUUUGAAUGAACAAGUAUGUGUGGGAGCCCAAGAGACAGUGAACACUGUUUAUUUCUUCUUCAUUAAAAAUGAUACUGAGCAUGCACUGCACACUGUGAAAUUAGAACUAGGCAGGAAAAAAAAAAUCACACUUUUGUUCUUUGAACCUGCCUCUAAAGCUACAUAUUUGAAAUCUAAAUUUUGAAAUUUAAGAGAAAAAACAGAAAGGAAAAAUUUUAUAGCCAAUAUGUAAAUGCAGAACACCAUAUGAAAUAUGAUGGAUAUACUGACAUGUAAUGGCUUGCUACAAAAAAGCAUUUUUCAACCUGCGCUGUACCAUUUCAUAACUAAAAAUAUAACACACUAACCAUUA